AUGUCAGGAACAAGAACACAGGUCGCCGAUUCGUCCACUUCACCUCCUUUGAGUGAAAAUCGACGCUUAGGAUAUUCUGGACUAAAGUUCGCUUACGGCGACGGUUCGGAUGACGAGAGUCAUUCCAUAGCGACGGAACUACCAUCCUGCGUGUAUGCGGCUGCGAGAUCCAGGCUGCAACUGCCACUCGCUGCCUACGUCCAUCAACAUUCUCGCCAAUUACAUACAGAUGCGAUCCUGGAGUCAUCAGUAGAGACAGAUUACCAAUGCGGCGGGUCCCCUUACCGAGUGCAGCGUGCCGCGGCGAACGUUCGAGAAAGACGACGGAUGCUGAGGUCCGGACCCAAUGGCAGUAUAAACUCGGCGUUCGACGAAUUGCGUGUGCACGUACCGACUUUUCCUUACGAGAAAAGACUCAGUAAAAUCGACACUCUACGGCUGGCCAUCGCGUAUAUAGCGCUCUUGAGAGAGGUCUUAGAUGCUGACUACGAUCCACUAACAUAUGUAGAAAAAUGCCUCCGUGGAGAAAUAAAAGCAGAUAGAGCUCACUGGAAUACUAGUGAUUUAACAGCCAGACUAUCAUGGAUUAACUGGGAGAAUCUUGGAGUAAACCCACAACGCAGAAGUGUCCUCACAUCACUAGCGCUCAGCUCUGACAAUCUGCAAUAUCCUCACAAUUAAAAUAACAAUCAUAUUUCGGAUAUUUUUAUGUCACUGCUAGUUUAAUAGUGUUAACUUUGAAUUAGAAAUUGUUACUGUGCUAAAUUAUUAUAAUAUUUAUUAUAUACAUAUUUUAUUGUUAAUGGGUUUUCAAACCGUGAUUUACAUUAUUGUACCAUAUUGAGACGAAAAUACAUGCAGAAAUUUUAACUGGAGCUAAAAAUCUAUCCAAUAUCGAAACAGGUGCAUGAGUUACAGUACAAUUUACUAUUACAUAAGCUCCGAAAUAAAUUGUAAGCAUGUGAUUUGUUUUUAUACUUUAGUAUAUAUUUAGUUAGAUCAAUAGAACAGUAGGUAACAAGAUACAACGUUUGUUACAACAAUGCCUUUUUAUACAUUACUAAGUAAAUAUUAUAAAUAACUGACGUAAUGAACAAACUUUUGUAGAAUAUUUACAUACAGUAUAGUAGAUUUAUUCUCAUCAUGUAGUAUUUUUAUAGUGAAAAGGUGCAAUAUAGAGUGUAAGUCGUAUAAUACUAAGGAAGGUAACAACUAGACAAUUUUGUUCCAACGUGUUUUUAAUACGUACAAUUUGUAAUAUUAUAGAAAUGAUUUAUUUAAUAAAACUUAUCUAACUA